AACAAAGAGGGCGGGUAUCUUAACGCACACAGAGAUACGCUCGGUCCGUUAGAAAGCCUAGCAGAGAGCGAGAGAGAGAUUCACACGAAUCCAAAGGAAGUAGAAAAUGGCAGAAGGUGACGAUAUUCAGCCUCUUGUCUGUGACAAUGGCACUGGAAUGGUCAAGGCUGGUUUUGCCGGAGAUGAUGCCCCAAGAGCUGUUUUUCCCAGUAUUGUGGGUCGUCCUCGCCAUACUGGUGUGAUGGUUGGUAUGGGUCAAAAAGAUGCUUAUGUUGGUGAUGAGGCUCAAUCGAAGAGAGGUAUUUUAACUCUGAAAUACCCAAUUGAGCACGGUAUUGUUAGCAACUGGGAUGACAUGGAGAAAAUCUGGCAUCACACUUUCUAUAAUGAGCUCCGCGUGGCUCCAGAAGAGCAUCCGGUUCUUCUCACUGAAGCACCUCUCAACCCCAAGGCCAAUCGGGAGAAGAUGACACAGAUUAUGUUUGAAACCUUUAACACUCCAGCAAUGUAUGUUGCUAUUCAGGCUGUUCUUUCCCUCUAUGCCAGCGGUCGUACCACUGGUAUUGUCUUGGACUCUGGAGACGGUGUCAGCCACACUGUUCCCAUCUACGAAGGCUAUGCUCUUCCACAUGCCAUCCUGCGUCUGGAUCUGGCAGGUCGUGAUCUUACGGAUGCCCUUAUGAAAAUCUUGACUGAACGCGGUUAUUCUUUCACCACCACUGCUGAGCGGGAAAUUGUCAGGGACAUGAAGGAGAAAUUAUCUUACAUUGCUCUUGACUAUGAACAAGAACUAGAGAUGGCAAAGACAAGCUCAUCUGUGGAGAAGAGCUAUGAGCUACCAGAUGGGCAAGUCAUCACCAUUGGUGCAGAAAGAUUCCGCUGUCCUGAAGUCCUCUUCCAACCAUCGAUGAUUGGAAUGGAAGCAGCUGGCAUUCAUGAAACCACAUACAACUCCAUCAUGAAGUGUGAUGUUGACAUUAGGAAAGACCUGUACGGCAACAUUGUCCUUAGUGGUGGCUCCACUAUGUUCCCGGGCAUAGCUGAUAGGAUGAGCAAGGAAAUUACAGCAUUGGCCCCAAGCAGCAUGAAGAUUAAAGUGGUAGCACCACCAGAGAGGAAGUACAGUACUAAAUAG